UCCAAGGCUAGGGUAAGAAUAAGGGACAGAACUAAGCUCUGUUCCAAAUUCUUAUUCAUUGCGGUUCUCUCCAUUUCUUCCAGCAGCUUGAGCGAGGAGGCAAGGAUGUUUCCUGGUGACGUUCUUUCCUUUUCAAAGACAAGUUUUUUACGAGCUUUCCAUCCAUAUAUUCCAGCAGUUUAUCGCAAGGAGCCUCAUUUCACUUCCACCAUUUUGCCUAGUUCGAAGAGUAUCCAUCAUUGUUUGCCACCAGGUGCUGCACUCUUUCUCAUCUUUUCUAGCUUUGCAUCGUGUUUUCAUUUGUUGUUGUUGUUGUUGGUACCAAUGGAGAUUCCACUCUCACGAUACCAAUCUUACACAUUGGAUCAAUUCCAAAGUGAAUGCUACUUUUCCGCUUUGGGUUCUUCCGGAUCCAGUUACUUUUCUGGUAAAGGUUUCGUCUUUGGGUGUGGUUUACGUUCAAAGGUGAGGAAUUGGAGGAACCACUUUUCCCUUAUUUGUUGUUGCUCCACUGAAAGUGGCAUUCGGAGGCCUAAAUCUUCGAGAAUACCGUAUCAUGAGAAGGUAGAGCCUGUUUUGGAGGACACUCAGAUGAGGAAACCUUCCUUUGUUGGGCUGUGUAGUGAGAUAGAGAAGCUAGUUCUGUGCAAUAGGUAUAGGGAUGCAAUUGAGUUGUUUGAGAUUUUGGAGCUUGAAGGUGGUGGUAGAUAUGUUGGUGCUAGUACUUACGAUGCUUUGGUGAGUGCUUGUGUUGGUUUGAGAUACAUUAGAGGGGUUAAGAAGGUGUUUAAUCUUAUGAUUAGUAGUGGGUUUGAGCUUGAUUUGUAUAUGAUGAAUAGGGUGUUAUUUAUGCACGUUAGAUGCGGUUUGAUGCAUGAUGCGUGGAAGCUAUUCGAUGAUAUGCCAGAGAGAGAUGAGGUGUCAUGGACAAUGAUGAUUGGCGGGCUUGUGGAUUCUGGGAACAAUAAUGAGGCCUUCAGGUUGUUUUUGUGUAUGUGGGAAGAGUUUAAUGAUGGCAGUCCUCACACUUUUGUUACGAUGAUCAAGGCAGCUGCCGGAUUAGGUCUUAUUCAGGUGGGAAGACAAAUUCAUUCAUGCGCUUUGAAGAUGGAGGUGGGAGAUGAUACUUUUGUUUCUUGUGCACUAAUUGACAUGUACAGCAAGUGUGGUAGCAUCGAUGAUGCCUAUUGUGUUUUUGAUCAAAUGCCAAAGAAGUCGACCGUGGCAUGGAAUUCUAUUAUUUCUGGCUAUGCACUUCAUGGCUAUAGUGAGGAGGCUCUUAAUUUGUUUUAUGAGAUGCGCAAUAGUGGUGCUAAACUGGACCAUUUUACUAUUUCAACAGUGAUUAGAAUAUGUACAAGAUUGGCUUCAUUUGAACAUGCAAAACAAGCUCACGCGGCAUUAGUUCGUCAUGGUUUUGGCACAGAUUUGGUGGCGAACUCAGCACUCAUUGACUUCUACAGCAAAUGGGGUAGGAUGGAAGAUGCUCAACAUGUGUUUGACACAAUGCACCAGAAGAAUAUCAUAUCCUGGAAUGCAUUGAUUGCUGGAUAUGGAAAUCAUGGCCAAGGAGAGGAGGCACUAGAAAUUUUUGAGCAGAUGCUUCGAGAAAGGAUGGUUCCCAACCAUGUCACUUUCCUAGCCGUCUUAUCUGCUUGUAGUUACUCGGGACUAUCAGAACGCGGUUGGGAGAUUUUUCAAUCUAUGAGCAAAGAUCACAAGAUUAAGCCCAGACCAAUGCAUUAUGCAUGCAUGAUUGAGCUAUUAGGUCGAGAGGGUCUGUUGGAUGAGGCUUUAGCACUAAUAAGAACUGCACCUUUCCAACCAACAGCAAAUAUGUGGGCAGCAUUGCUGACAGCAUGUAGAAUGCAUGAGAAUUUUGUGCUUGGGAAGUUGGCAGCAGAAAAACUUUAUGGAAUGGAGCCCGAGAAGAUGUGUAACUAUGUAGUACUUCUAAAUAUAUAUAACACCACUGGAAGAUUGAAGGAAGCUGCUGGUGUGUUACAGACCUUGAAGAGGAAGGGUUUAAGAAUGCUUUAUGCUUGUACCUGGAUUGAAGUUAAAAGAUGGCAAAAUGUCUUCCUUUCUGGAGAUAAAUCCCACCCCCAAACAGAAGAGAUAUACCAAAAGGUGGACAAUUUGAUGGAAGAGAUAUCAAGGUAUGGUUACACUGUGGAGGAUGAUGAAGCGCUGCUUCCUGAUGUUGAUGAAGAGGAACAACGUGUUCUGAAAUAUCAUAGUGAAAAGUUAGCAAUUGCUUUUGGACUAAUUAACACCCCAAAUUGGAUGCCUCUACAGAUCAUGCAGGGUCAUCGUAUAUGUCGAGACUGUCAUACUGCAAUUAAGCUUAUAGCCAUGGUGACAGGAAGAGAAAUUGUGGUAAGAGAUGCUAGUAGGUUCCACCAUUUUAGAAAUGGAAGUUGUUCUUGUGGAGAUUAUUGGUGAUGACGAAAUUGUGUCAUUCAAUUCACAAGGACAUGUUACUCACUUCCAUCCUUUCCCUCAAACUAAACCUCAGUUUUGACUAGGAUGCAAUCCUAUAAUUGGUGUAAUUCUUUUUUGAGAUUCUUUAAUAAAAGACCUAUCAUACUUCCAAGAUUUUGCACU